CUGUAAUCUCAGCUACCGUCGGCACUGCUCAGAUGUAAGCCCUUGUUGGGCUCCCCUUGUUGGGCUCCCCAGGAGCCUUUGUGGCAAAGGAGGCAGAGAGGAGGAGCCUGGUGUUGGAGACGUCGGCUUGGUGACAGCCUGCCUGUCAAGGAGUGAAAGAAAGAGAUUAUCCGACAAAAGAAAACAGCAGGAUUGGCUAUCCUGAUAGGGAAGAGGCAGGACAGUUCAGAGAAGAAAGGUUAAAAAAAAAUAAUUCUAGUCUUGGCGUUUUUUAACAUCAGCUGACAGGGGGAUAAUGCAAAGGAAGUUACUGACAUGAAAUUAAACUGUCUGUGGUAGGAGUUGGGAACAAAGUGGAGUUUGAGAGUUCAUCUGAGUGGGGAUGGGAAAUAAUGCCUUAGGUGUCCAGAUAAGAGCAGUAAAUGAUUUAAAUGCAAGGAAAGGAAUAAAGACAGAGCCCUGAGGGAUGCCGGUGAGGCAGGGAGGAGCACCUGAAAGAGCAGUCAUUGAGUUGGGAGGGGAAGCAGAUUAACUGUGAAAAUGCUGAGAAGAUGCAGUGAUUGAGGGCAUCCUAGAGCAACGGGCAGUUCCAGAACUGCACAGAGGUGAAAGGGGCCUGUAAAUUACUCCCUGGCCAAGCCGAGUUGCCAGUAGUUUCAGGAAGGGAUCAGGAAUGAGGCUACAGCAGAUCAAGGUCAGUUAACAGGAGUGGAAUAUAGGGAAGGAGAAAGAGCAACCUCAUACUCAAGUCAGUUUUGAAGCAGAAAACCAGUGUGGUGGAAACCUAAUUCAUGUGAGAAACUAGGGCAAAAGGGUUCCCUUCUGAGUCUAGGAUGCUACUAAGCUACAGGACUAUCCUUCCUUCCCAACAAGAACAGCAUCGCAUAGGUGUAAGCUACUGAGAUGGGAGCAUUAAUGCCCUUCAUCCCCUGCUCUGCAUAGUGCUGCUGCCGUUACCACUGUGAGGAACUUAAGAGCACUGUAGGGCACGUACCCUCAAGUAACAGCACUUCCCCCAUUGCAGUAACAAGCGACUUGUGGCCUUAGUGCCAAAUGACACUUCAUUCAACACCAGACGAGCCUACACCAGUGAAGAUGAAGCCUGGAAGUCGUAUUUGGAGAAUCCCCUAACAGCAGCUACCAAGGCAAUGAUGAGCAUAAAUGGUGAUGAGGACAGUGCUGCUGCCCUUGGCCUAUUGUAUGACUAUUAUAAAGUUCCCAGAGAUAAAAGGCUGUUAUCUGUUAACAAAGUGAGUGAUAAUCAAGAAGACCAAGAUAAAAGAAACUGUCUUAAUACCACGGAAGCUCAGAAUAAUUUAAGUGGGGGAGACAACCGUGUUCAAGUCCUGAAGACAGUGCCGGUUAACCUUUCCUUGAACCAAGAUGCUUUGGAGUCGUCCAAAAGGGAAUACAACACAAACGUGUCUGGGACCUCGACGCCCAUCACGGGGGCUGGAGUGACUGUGGUUAAAGCGGAGGAGUUUACCCCUGUUUUUAUGACUCCACAAGCACACUAUGCAAGAGGAGAAAAUGAGGAGCACCGAGGGGUUAUCUUUGAACCUUAUGAAGUGUCCAACAUUGCUCCCCACACGAAUUAUCUCAAAGAUGACCAGCGCAGUACUCCAGACAGUACGUACAGCGACACCUUCAAAGACGGAGGAACUGAAAAGUAUCGCAGUGUGUCAGUGGGGGCUGAAGAAUAUAUUUACGAACAAACAAGCAGCACUUUUCAGUAUACACUAGAAGCUACCAAAUCUCUGCGUCAAAAGCAAGGGGAGGGGCCCAUGACCUACUUGAACAAAGGACAGUUCUAUGCCAUCACCCUGAGCGAGACGGGUGACAACAAAUGUUUCCGGCAUCCCAUCAGCAAAGUCAGGAGCGUGGUCAUGGUUGUUUUCAGUGAGGAUAAAAACAGAGAUGAACAGCUGAAAUACUGGAAAUACUGGCAUUCACGGCAGCACACAGCUAAGCAGAGGGUCCUCGACAUAGCUGAUUACAAGGAGAGUUUUAAUACCAUUGGGAAUAUUGAAGAAAUCGCAUUCAAUGCUGUGUCCUUUACUUGGGAUGUCAAUGAAGAGGCAAAGAUUUUCAUCACAGUGAAUUGCUUGAGCACAGACUUCUCCUCACAAAAAGGAGUAAAAGGGCUUCCUUUGAUGAUUCAGAUUGAUACGUACAGCUACAACAACCGCAGCAAUAAACCCAUCCACCGAGCCUACUGCCAGAUCAAGGUUUUUUGUGACAAGGGAGCAGAAAGGAAAAUCCGAGAUGAAGAGAGGAAGCAGAACAGGAAGAAAGGCAAAGGCCAGGCAUCCCAAGCCUCGUGUAAUAACUCAGCUGAAGGGAAGUUGAGUGCACUUCCUCUGCAAAAAAAGAGCGAUAUCACCUUCUUCAAAACAAUGGCUGACCUGGAUUCUCAGCCAGUUCUCUUCAUUCCAGAUGUUCACUUUGGAAACCUACAAAGAACGGGACAGGUUUACUAUAAUACAGAUGAUGAGAGAGAAGGUAGCAGUGUUCUGGUCAAGAGGAUGUUCCGGCCUGUGGAGGAGGAGUUUGGUCCAUCCCCUUUGAAACAAAUGAAAGAAGAAGGCCUGAAAAGAGUGCUUUUGUAUGUAAGGAAGGAGACAGAUGAGGUGUUUGAUGCUUUGAUGCUGAAAUCACCCACAGUAAAGGGGCUAAUGGAAGCGAUCUCUGAGAAGUAUGGGCUGCCAGUUGAAAAGAUUGCAAAGCUUUAUAAGAAGAGCAAAAAGGGUAUCUUGGUAAACAUGGAUGACAACAUUAUUGAACACUACUCCAAUGAGGACACAUUCAUCCUGCACAUGGAAAGCAUGGUUGAAGGCUUCAAGAUCACACUGACAGAGAUCUAGCCUCAGGCAGAGCCUUUUCAUAAGGAACCACAGCAUUUCAUCCUUCUUGGAAAGCAGAAGAUGCCCUGGGAACUUGACAGACAUUGAUCAGAGAACCUGUUACAAGACUGCUUUGAAAAUACUGUCCAUUCUGCACAGGUGCACCAACCGCAUAUAGACUUGGGUUUCUCAAGCACAAGGCCGCUCAUGUUAACCUGGUCCCUUAUUUAUUGUUCCCCACUCUCUAGUGUACAAGCAGUUACCAGCCCCCGGAUUUGUAACCAGAUUGACCCACUGCAGAAUGUGAAAUGCAACAUUUUAAUCCAUACUUUAGUGUGGAUAAACUCUUUCUAAAACAUGUUAAGGAACCAUGCUGGUCUAGUUUCAGAAAUCUGGUGUAGAUCACUUUACCAGUAGUUCUUUCCAUCAUUGCUAAAAUCCUGGUGCAGUGCUGAAGGUGGGGAAAGUGGCUGACAGAGUUCAUUUGCCCAGACUGAUCCGUAUCUCUCUCUCUAGUGUAUAGUCUUGCCAAAUACCUCCGGUAGUUCUCAGCAUGUAGCAAUGAGGACGUGUAAGUAAGGCAUUCAGCUACAAAUGUCACUUGUAAGUAAAUGGUAAAGAAACCAUUUUAACCUUGUAUAUAAUGUUUAUAAUAUGCAAUAAUAUAUUUACUCUAUGUGGGCAUGUUUACUGCCACGAUGUUUUUGUAUGUAUGGGGUUUAUGGUUUAACAGAAUCUUUCCUAGCGGAUUAGGUUGCUUCAGUCUGUUAAGGAGUGUGUACUGAGGAGCUGAUAAUUGCAUCUGCAAUCAUAUGCUCCACCUUUGCCCACACAGUUUUAUACUGAUAUAUUGGAGCAAACUGUGCUACAGUGUCUGGAGUGCUGUGGCACAAUGGAAUGCACCCUAGGUCCCAGCUGUAGAUACCUGAGUAUCUACAUCCAGCUGUCGCCAAAUCCAAAAGGCACCAUGUGUCUGCCGCCUGGUGUGCCUAGGAGUACCGAAGGGACUUCUGCCUGUUGUGUUGACGAAGCAAAGGUUCUCCAAGUGGGCUUUUCUCAAAACAGUGGAGGGAAAAGUGCUUUCCACAGCAGCCUGCUCAUUAAAAGUGUUCCUCUGGACUGUAAGAAACAGGACUUCAAACUCUUCUUCUUAAGGGUACUUGCUCUUGUAUCUCCAUUGAAUGAUUCUGGUUUGAUUCCUAGAGUAGUUAGGUCGGGUAUAAACCUGGUCUUGAUGUAAAUAUUUUAUUGAAACUGGAACAAUUUUACUGGUGGAGACUGAGUAUCCCACCACUGAGGUGUGGAGAUGGGUCUCUUACAAGGGCUGGAUCUGAACCCAAGUUGAACUACAAGGUUAUCCCAUCAAAUACCACCUGUCUCAUGAAUUCUGUGACGAGAGAAAGUUGCACGCUAAAAUUGUACCAACAGAGGGCUUCAAGGCCUCAAUCUCCCUAGCACAUCCAGACCCAGCACCUCUCUCUCUCCUUUCCAGCUCCUCUGGCUUCCGUAGAGAGCUCCUCACUCAGCAUGCAAUCCUGUGAGUUUCAGCUGCAGGCGUUUUACUCUCCAUGCGCUGUGUGUGGAACCCAUAUGACAGAGAGAAACGUGGGUCCUUUUCUGUAUGUAGCCUUUAGAGUUUCUUUAUUUUUUUUUCCUUCUAAAAUAUUUUUUUAUUUAGUCACAGAAUCUUUUUAUUAGUUGGUUAAUGGCAUAAAGAAACACUGCCUAGUUUAGCAGGGCUCAUUCUGUAGCGUUUUGAGCUGUGUGGAGCCGUUUACAUUCAAGCAACGUAACUGGGAUAGCUGACCAGGCUGAUGUGGUCGUGUUUAUGCAGGAAUUGUCCUGCAAGCUCUUGCACACUUAACUUAAUUAGCAAUAGUGUCCCAUUAAAAUCUGUACUCCAAAUAGAUAUGUUAGGUACCUGUCAAAGUUUCUGUGGUACCAGAACCUAUAAAAAGGUUCAGGCUGUCAGUGUGAGGGCUAACGUUCCCAGAAUCCACAUAAAGAUGCAAAGCAUCUGUUCUGUCUUCCUCCCUGCAUUAUCUUUUUCUAAAUAUGCACUCCAGCAAAGAUGCUCGUGCUACCCUGCUCAGGAGCAGACAUCCUGGGAAUACAGGGCAUUUAUGGUGAUUCAGUUUGUUUCUACUUGGCUCAGACUCAGAUAAAAAGUCUGUGCUGACUUAGCCCAGACACUUUUUUUUCUAAAGGAAAAAAAGAGGGCAGUUUUGGCAGGUGGCAUUAGGAGCUGGGACCAGCACACAGGACUGAUGGAGCAGUGGUGCAAGUUCUUGUUUUUUGGUGGUGUUUGGGAUCCUGAGGAUAUUUGCUGGGAUCUCUCAGUUGGUCAUGAUGUCUGAGCAGAAGCUGCAGGUGAAGCACAGGAGUAAACGUUGGCAGGAGUUGAGCCCUGGUUCUGCCCCAACAAACCUGCCAUCCCAGCUGGCCCGGGUUGGGAUGUGCCGCGUUAAGAGAGGACAGGGAGAAUGUGGGGGUCACAGAGAAGGUCAGAGCUGUCCUGGCAGCACCAGCACUCAGGUUAAUAGGACAUUCUUGUCUUACAUGUGGGUGGAGACGAGCUGGGAUCGCUGGGUGCUGCAGCAUCCUGUGCCGAGGAGCAGUGUAGGAGCAGCAAGAAGUGCAAUGCUCUGGGAAAUACUGGGGCAUCAGGAGCCAUCUCCCAUUUUAGGAGCUUUCGGUCAGUCGCUGUCCAGGGAAGGAAAGUUGCUUCCAAGAUUAACUGAAAGCUUUUCUAAAUACAUGUUAAAGUGUGUGAACUCCUGAUACAAGAGAGCUGAUACUCCUGCUUUUAGUUUCUUCUUACAUUCUCAAAGAAGGCAGCAGAGUUGAGGAAGAUGAGUAGGAUUUACUCUGAUGGUAAGAUUAUUUUAGAACAACAGCUAGAGCUAGUUAAGGAUGAUCUCCCUUAGCUUUCUUUGCCAGGGUCUGAGGGUUUUGUUUCUCUGCUCCAGAUGCAGAUGCAUCACAAGCACCUGAGACAUUACAAAGAGCACAUCACCCUGCACCCCUUCAGUUGUAGUUACAGCGUCAGCUGCUGGAGGAGCACUGAACCUUGGGUGCUGGUCCUCGCAAGCUGCAAGUGCCCAGGGUUCACCUUGUUGGUCAAAAACAGGCUAUCAAAGUGAUGGGGAAGGACCAGUAUGAGUAAUGCAAACUUCUGAAGCAGUGACCUUUCUCAUGCCAUGCUUGAUUCAAAGGUCUUGGGGAGUACAAAGUGCUUGCAUGUAUAUUGUUUAAAAUGUACAUGUUGCUUUUGUUUAAUGAAAAAUAUUGAUUAAUUCUGGAUCUUCCAAAUAUUAUGAGUUAAAUGUAAGAAAGAUUUGUCUGCGGUUCAGCAGGGGACAGAAAUAUCUGUUUUCCCUCCUUUUUUCUCUUUGUGGCACUGCUGUGGCUGUUAAUUUAAAGGAACAAAACUCUCAUUUCCUUUCCAUCUUCAAGAUAGCAAGAAUCUUAACUAGUGCAGCCUGAAGGGUGACAUGCUGCUUAACUCAUUUUCCCUAUGAAGAAUUAGAGUGGUGCUGUGUCAGUAGAUAUUGUGUUUUGAAGAACUCUGAUAGACAUGUGCAAAAGGAGAAUACUCUUCUAAGCUCUAAUUUUGGUUCCCGCUACAGAUUCGGCACUGUCCGUCCAUUUGAUGUUUUAUUAUGAACCCCCCGAAUCUCAAAGUUUAGUUUCUUUCUGCACAGUUAGGUGCUGAUAUCACCAAAAUAAAGUACAUCCUUGCAGUGAAGCUUUGUUGAUGUACAGGGACAUCCCCAUCAAGACAUUUUGGAGGAUUUUUACCACUGGAAGUAAACUACAAAGAAAAUAACUUUUCUCGGUGUCCUUUCUCACGAAGUUUUUUGUCAGUGGAAUUCAGAGAUCAAAUGUCUCUCUUGUACAUUUUCCUCUUUCAGUCCAUGGAUUGUUAUAUUGUUGUAAAUUAAUUCAAACAAUUAGUAAAAACGAAACUCUCCAGCCAUCAGAAAUGCUGUAUAUUGAUUGAUAUGGAACUGGAAAGGAGUAUCUUACGACUUUUAAAAUGUAAAGCUUAUGAAAUGUUUAUAUGCUCUUCCAUUUUCUAUGAAUUGAGACAAGAUACAAACAAGAGUGUUUGUGCCAAAAUUAGUGACAAGCCCUCUUUCUGGCAAACAAGGAAACUUUGUGUAUAGUAUGCUUUUAUAUUAAGAAAAUAGCUCAUGUAACUUAAUAGUGUUGCAACUGGGAGAGGGGUUUGAUAAACUGUAAAUACAGUUAUUUUAUUUUUUGUACAUUUUUAAGAAGGAAAAAAUAAAUAUUCCUAUGUAUGAGAUAAUA